CUUGCGUUGCAAUCGAUUUCCGGUCAAUAUGGCAGAUGUCAACACUGGAAAUCUGGCACCUGAUGUCACAGAAAGUAGCACACAAACCAUACAAUGGAAGUCUAUAUCGUUAACUCAUGUGGAAUAUCCAAAAGGAGAUUUGAUUGGAUAUGUUUUAGCAUGGUUUAGUCUGGUUCCAAUUUUUGUGUGUGUUGGCUUUGCUGCUCUCAUUAUUUUUAGACGUGAUUUACACACGAUUUCAUAUUUUAUUGGUAUAAUCCUGAAUGAAUUGUUGAAUUUAGUAUUAAAACAUGUAAUUAGGGAACACAGACCAUUGAGAGGCAGACAGACUUUAUUUACAGAAUAUGGAAUGCCAUCAAGCCAUGCACAGUUUGCCUGGUUCUUUUCCACAUAUAUGGUUUUCUUUUUAUUUAUAAGAGUAUACAGAAAUAGUAACUGGGUAGAUGAUUUAUGGAAAUACAUAACAAGUAUAGGUUGUUUUUUUGUAUCUUCUUUAGUCCUUUAUAGCAGGGUAUAUUUAGGUUAUCAUACAUUUUUCCAAGUAUCUUGUGGUGCUUUAAUGGGUGUAUUUCUAGGAGCUGUAUGGUUUGGUGUUGUACAAAUUAUUUUAACUCCUUUAUUUCCAACUUUAGCUGCUCAUCCUGUUGGAGAAUUUUUUAUGUUACGAGAUUCUACAUUAAUUCCUCAUGUCAUGUGGUUUGAAUAUACUUCAUCUAGAACUGAAGCCAGAAGUAGGCAAAGAAAAAUGACAUCCAGGAAAUCCCAAUAACAGCAAGUUUUUCAGAGGAAAACCAAAGAAUUAAAACCCAGACAAAGACAUUAUUAAGAAUGCAUUAGCAUGGAUGAUUUUAAGUCAAAGGUCAUAUUGUAUUGUUGUAUUUUUCAUGAAGGAUAUGUUUUUUUCUACAGUAGAUUCUGUUAUGUAUUUUGGAAUUGAUAUCUGCCAUAACCCCACUAAUACUAUUAUGUACUGGUUUAUACUGGUAACAUCAGGGCAUUGUUUGAAUAGCUUGUUUGAAGGUAUUUAUAUUUAUCAUAACAAUCAUUUAUAAAUUUGAUAAACACAUGAAAGAAGUAUCAAAUUAAGUUAAUAAAUGCUUUUCUUAGAAAUACAGUUCAUCAAAUUUACGGUUUUACAUUCAGGUCAGUAGAUUUUCUUUAAAAAAAAUGAGCAAUGUGAUUUUUUCCCCCUUUAAGGCCAUAAGUGUUCAAUCAUUAGUUUGCUUCUUCAAGGGUAUGUUGGACAAUCACUGUGCAAAUCCCUGUGUAUACUCAUGGCCAGUUUUGAGGUAUCUGUUGUUUCAACCCAUUUAACAGUUCAAUCAUAAACAGGGUGCAGAUGCAUCUUGGAGAAUAUGGCCAAUGUCUUUAUACUAAAACCUUCAAAUGGAAAGGAGAUAAUUAUUGUUUACUUCUGCAUUUAAAAACUUUUUGAGUUAUCUCCCAUUCUUUGGAUUGGAUUUAAAUGUAUUUGAAACUAAAAGAAAAAACAAAUUAAGUUCAAAUGUUCAAGGUCUUCAGGAAGGUCAAAGUGGUAUGCAAAUACCCUCAAACCGAUUUCCUGUAUGUCAAAUAUUGAGCCAGGUAUAAAGAGGAGGUUCUUGCAAUAAUCUGAAUAUCAUAUUAAACUACAUUGGCUAACAGUUGAACCCAAACAAGGUUGUAAAUGAAGUAAAACAAAGCACUAUGAUUCUCUAUUAAGACACAAAAUAUGAGAAAUUUAUUUUACUGUUUCCUUUAUAUAACAUAUAUUGAAAUAAUAUAUAAUAGUUUCUAAAUAAGUUUUUUAUAUCAGUUUGACCUAAAAGCAAAAUGUCAGAUGAUUUUCAAAACAUUUUAGUGCUAACUAUAAUGUUCAUCAGUAACUUUUGAUGAAAGACCGAAAAGUAAGUGUGGAGAAAAAAAGAAAUAGAAAGAGUUACUGUCAUAUCUAUCCUCCCAUUAAUUCUGUACUUUGUGAUAUCAUAUAAAAUUAAUUAGGAGUACAAAAAAUUAACCGAAUACAAUUGCAUCGAUCAUAGUAUGAAGAAUUUAAUUGAAUUGAAUGAUGAAUGUAUGUAGAAAAUCAUGGUAAAUUGACCAGUUUGCAUUAUGAUAUAUUAAAAUGACCAGUUCAUGUAUGUGUUCUUUUUAUAUUAUUUAAAAUGUUUUAAAUGUUGUGAUUCUUGAUACACUGCCAUUUAUUUUAAAUUAUGUGUCAUAAUUUUAAUAAUUCUGUAAUAAAAAAAAUAACAAGUGUCAUUAGA